AGCCCCAACCCCGGCGACCGAAGAUGCCGGCGACGGCGGGGCGCGUGCGCAUGCCGGCGAACAACCGCGUGCACAGCAGCGCGGCGCUGCAGACGCACGGCAUCUGGCAGAGCGCCAUCGGGUACGACCCCUACGCCCCCGAGAACAACAAGCACCAGGCCCAGGCCCCCUCCUCCUCCGUCUCCGCCAACGCCGCCGCCGCCGCCGCCAACGCCGCCGCCGAGGCCGCCGCGCCGCCCUCCUCGGACCCCUCCUCCGAGAACGCCUACAGCAGCUUCCAGGGCCUCCUCGCGCUCGCCCGCGCCACCAGCGUCCCCACCGACGAGACCCGGGGCGCCUGCAAGAAGUGCGGCCGCGUCGGCCACCUCACCUUCCAGUGCCGCAACUUCCUCUCCGCCAAGGCGGCCGACAUCGAGGAGGACAUCAUGGCCGAGGCCGACGCCCAGGCCAAGCUUGCUGCUCUCAGGAAGAAGACCUCCGGUGACGAGGAAGGUUCCGAUGAGGAGGAUGAGGACGACGUUGACAGCGAUUCCUCGGACUCCGAUAUCGAUCCCGUGCUGGAGAAGCUUAUUGCUGAGCGGGAGCGCGCCAAGAGUCGGCGGGGGAGGCAUUCCGAGGAGAAGGACAAGAAACCGAGCCGCCAUCGGAGCAGCAGCAGCAGGAGCAAAUCGAAGCACAGGAGGAGCAGAAAGAGUGACAGCGAGGAAGACUCGGAGGAGGAGAGAACCAAGGAUAAGAAGAAGGAUAGGCUGAAGAAAGACCAGGAUAGCGAGAGUGACUCUGACAGGAAGAGGCACAGGAAGAGUAGGAAGGAUAGGAAGAGGCGGAGGACCCACCGCAAGAAGGAUGAAUCAUCGGAUGAUGAUGAGUCUGGAGGGGAAGGGAAGAGACAUCGCCGCCACCACAAGAGACGUCAUCACCGCAGGGAUGCAUCUGAUGGUGACAGUGCUGGCAGUGAGUCCCCAUAUGAGAAGAAGCGAUCCAGCAAGAAGAAGAGCCACCGUGGACUGGAUGAGGAUGAGGGGCAUGGUCCAGAGGGAGCAAAGCGUACCGGGGAGAAGAGCAAGGAGCAUAAGAGGACCUAAAAAGGGAGUGUUGGAGCGGCACUGAACGGUGAUUUUAAGGCCCUGUAUUUGUCAACAGUGCUGGUCUUUUGUUAUUUGUUUCUUUCAAAUGGCUGUUGCAUUUGAAACAUGAUUCUUAAUAUGUGUAAUUUACUGGUGUAUUGCUGUGUGUCAGUGACUAAACUAUGAGUCGAUUAAUAUGCAUAAAUGUUGUCUACCUUGAAA